UCACUGAUUGUCAUUAUUAGUUUCCAAGUUGAAAGGAGUGUUUGAUGUUUCCCAAAGCCAUAAAUUAAAAAUAUUUCGAAUUAGAAGGAAUUUAAGUAAACAACAGUCUCAUCUACUUUUUAACUACUAAAAGUUGAAAAAGAGUAAUAAAAUGUCCUAUAACCCUGGUUACGGCGGUCCACCACCCCAGCAAGGAUAUGGUCAACCACCAGGUUAUGGUGGGCCCCCACCUGGCCAGCUUGAAAUGGGUCAUGGGCCGUAUCCGUCGAUAGGACCUGGUGGUGGAGUCAAUCCUCAAGUACAACAAUGGUUCCGUGCAGUCGACAAAGACCAAUCUGGCUUUAUUACUGCUAAUGAGCUCAGGGCAGCACUAAUAAAUGCUCAGGGUCAAUCGUUCUCUGAAACUGCCUGUAAUUUGAUGAUCGGGAUGUUUGAUAAAGAUCGCUCGGGGCACAUAAAUGUGGAAGAAUUUGAGAAACUGUACACCUAUGUUAACCAGUGGCUGACUGUGUUCAAGACUUAUGAUACGGAUCAAUCUGGAAACAUCGAAGAGAAUGAACUUGCCGAUGCAUUGACAAAAAUGGGAUUCCGGUUUACACCAGAUUUCGUGAACUUUUUGAUGAAAAGAUGCACUAGCGGGAAAGUUUCCGUAGACAGCUUCAUUGUGUUGUGUGUGCAGAUACAACGUUUUACUGAAGCUUUUAGAACACGCGACACACAACAAAAUGGAACCGUUACUAUCGGAUUUGAAGAUUUCCUGACUGUUGCGCUAAGUUGCUCCAUUUGAGAAUAAUAGUAAAAAAUAUUGGAGUUGACGCCAACGCUAUACAUUAUUCUACAUGAAGUAAAAUAGUGUUUAUAAUUUAUUAAGCUUCAUACAUAAUUACUAUCUUGUUUCUCUAUUUUAUGACACUAUCUUAAUCAAGCAAUAAACGAAUGUGAACAUUAUUGAGAUGUUAAUAAGUCUUAAAAUGUAACGAAAUAGAUCUUGCCCAUUGUUAUUGAAUAUAGUAUUGAAUAUUUUAAUGUCUCUGCACAAUGCUAAGAACAUUAUGGAACAAGCAAUACCUACCCACCUGUUAAAUGAGAUCUUUAUUUUUGCUAAUUAUUUAUUCACACGAUCAACUUUUGCGUUGAUUCCAUAGUAUUAUUGACGAUAUAGCUAUUGCUUGGUAUGGGGAAAUAAAUAGAUAUUUUAUAAUU